GCUGGUUCACAGAUGGGCGGGGAAGAGCCCGGCUGUUCCCGUCUGCUAAGGAGAAUGAUUCGUAGAGGGUUAGGAGAGAACACUACUGCCUGUGAAAGCCCGCUUCAAAGACUGGACUCUUCUCGGAGGCUGGCAGGCGGAGGCGAGCAGGCAGGGCCCCGGGCCUGACCCGGUAUCAGGCCCCGCGUCAGGUCUCCACCGAGUCCUGGGCCUGAUCGGGGGCGGCGGCGAGGCGCCGGUUGCUGGGGGAGCGGUGACGUCGCGGGGUGAAAGUUGAGGGGCGGUGACGUCGGGCCUGCCCGGGCGGAGGCUGGCGGGUUGGAGACGGGAGGGAGGGAGGGAGGGAAAGAGAGAAGGAAGGAAGCUGGGAAGGAGCGAGCUAGCGGGGGCGCGAGACGUUUACCUGGAGGCAGCGGCUGGGGCGCGCACAGCGGCCGCGGCUCCCCCGCACCUGCGGCCAUGGAUGAAGAGCGCGCCCUCUACAUCGUCCGGGCCGGCGAGGCGGGGGCUAUCGAGCGGGUCCUGCGGGAUUACAGCGACAAGCAUAGGGCUACUUUCAAAUUUGAACCCACAGAUGAAGAUAAAAGAAAGAAACUCUGUGAAGGCAUCUUUAAAGUCCUUGGAAAGGACGUCCCAACAACAUGUCAAGUGUCCUGCCUGGAAGUACUCCGCAUUCUCUCCAGAGACAAAAAGAUUUUAGUUCCUGUAACGACUAAGGAGAAUAUGCAGAUACUGCUGAAACUAGCCAAGCUCAGUGAGGCGGAUGAUUCUUUGGAGAAAACAUCAGAGUUCCCAGUUAUUGUGGAAUCAUUAAAAUGCCUGUGUAACAUAGUGUUCAACAGUCAGAUGGCACAGCAGCUCAGCCUGGAACUUAAUCUUGCCGCGAAGCUCUGUAACCUCCUGAGAAAGUGCAAGGACCGAAAAUAUAUCAAUGACAUUAAGUGCUUUGACUUGCGCUUGCUCUUCCUCUUGUCACUUUUGCACACUGAUAUCAGGUCACAAUUGCGCUAUGAGCUCCAGGGACUACCGCUGCUAACCCAGAUCUUAGAAAGUGCCUUUAGCAUCAAGUGGACCGAUGAGUAUGAAUCGGCCAUAGACCAUAAUGGACCUCCUCUUUCACCUCAGGAGACAGACUGUGCCAUUGAGGCCCUCAAAGCUCUCUUCAAUGUGACGGUAGACAGUUGGAAGGUGCAUAAAGAGAGUGAUUCUCACCAGUUCCGUGUCAUGGCAGCUGUCCUUCGCCAUUGUUUACUAAUCGUAGGUCCAACCGAAGACAAAACGGAAGAGCUGCACAGUAAUGCAGUCAACCUUUUAAGCAAUGUUCCGGUCUCUUGUUUGGAUGUUCUCAUCUGUCCAUUAACCCAUGAAGAAACAGUCCAAGAGGCAACGACUCUAGAUGAAUUACCCAGUGAUAAAACAGCUGAGAAAGAAACAGUUUUGAAAAAUAAUACCAUGGUAUACAAUGGUAUGAACAUGGAAGCCAUUCAUGUUUUACUCAGUUUUAUGGAGAAGAGAAUUGACAAGGGAAGCAGCUAUAGAGAGGGCUUAACUCCAGUUCUCAGCUUAUUAACAGAGUGUUCCCGAGCCCAUCGAAACAUCAGAAAAUUUCUCAAAGAUCAGGUUUUACCACCAUUGAGGGAUGUGACAAAUCGACCUGAAGUUGGCUCAACUGUGAGAAAUAAGCUGGUGCGCCUCAUGACACAUGUUGACCUUGGCGUCAAGCAGAUUGCUGCUGAAUUCCUUUUUGUCCUUUGCAAAGAGAGAGUGGAUAGCCUGCUGAAAUACACUGGCUAUGGGAAUGCUGCAGGACUGCUGGCGGCCAGGGGCCUCCUGGCUGGAGGAAGAGGAGAUAAUUGGUACUCAGAGGACGAGGACACAGACACUGAAGAAUACAAAAAUGCAAAACCAAACAUUAAUCUUAUCACUGGUCAUUUAGAGGAACCAAUGCCAAACCCUAUAGAUGAAAUGACAGAAGAACAAAAAGAAUAUGAAGCCAUGAAACUUGUCAACAUGCUUGAUAAACUUUCCAGGAGAGCAGAUGUGAAGGACCUGCACCAGGAUGGUGGUUGGCAACAGUGGCCCGUGCCAAAGCACUUACCAAAGUGAUGACUAAGGUUGGUCAUGCCAAGUACUGUUACUAAGCCUGGUGUAGGGCAUAGGUGUUGCCACCAAAGUGUAAAGCCACUAGAUGUGAAACUUGAGAAUACCUUCCCAUCUUGCCUUCAUGCUGGACAAACCCACUGCCUUAAGGAGCCCCUUCUCAGCAUCUUUGUCUCACCUGGAUUUCUGAGAGCUGUGGAGACUUUAGUAGGCAUUACUUUCUUCUAUUGAAUACCAGCUGACUUAACAGUAUUUGAAAUGUUUUUUAAAUUCUUUUGAUAGAAGGAUUAUAUCUAUGAGAGAUGUUUCUGUUCUUUAUAUGGGGAUUUGGCAGUGUACCUGGAAGAUUUCAGAGCUAGAGAGUCGUCUGAACCCUGUAAACCCCGUCGUGUCUAGCUGGUAUACCUUGUUCCCAUGGUUUCCCCAGUGUGUGAGGAUCAAAAAGGAAAUAGCUAACCUCCAGACUUGAAGGUCUAGGUUUUUUUCUAUAUAAAAUAAUCUAUAUGAUGAUUCAGGGCUUUAAAGUGUAUGUUGUCAGUUCCAUUUCUUAGCCAAAUUUCAUCAAAUUAGAGACUUAAAAGGAAGUCCAUAAAGAAAUUUGGGCCAUAACUGAAUAUUUAAAUAUGUGGAUACAUAUUUACUAUAAAAUAACCAUAAUGUUUAGCACUCAGACCUGAGGUAUAAAGUUACAGAAAACUUCUUUUGGCAUUAUGGUCUGAGGACAAGUAGAAGAGGCUGGUUCUUGCCCACUUGCUACCUCCUUGUUCCUGCUCUGAUCUGGAGACAGAUAAGCCUGUGGAACUCAAGCCAGAGAGUAAAAUGGCAGUUGUGUGUCCAGUGUGUUCAUUUACCUGGCUGUAGCACACAACUCAUGCACGCUGAUGGUGACUUCGGUGGAAGCUAGCUGAGGAAACCCUAUUUCAAGUUACAGUUUUGUUUGACUUCUCUGAUCCCCUCACUUCCUUAAUUGACACCAGAUUGAUCUUUUACUCCACCCUUGUCUGUCACUGUUUAACAAGGCAUAUAUAAUCAACUGUCAAAAUCUGUGUUUUAAAUUUUAUUUAUAAACAAUAUUUGUUCUGCCAUUUCUUUUCUUAUCCACUCUCUGGCCAAUAACUGUGGUUUCCCCCCCCCCCAUUUCUUUCAGUUUUUACCAGAAAUACUGAUAAUUGAGACUUAACUUUCUUAAUGCUGGCAUCAAAUAUAAGAAGUUUCCUUUAAUCAAAAGAUUGUUUUUAAAUUUAGUAAGGCUAUGACUGAAAAGUAACUGAUACACAAUUUUUUCCAUAUAAAUAAGUUCUGUUACUCAUCUUACAGAAAUACAGACUGUGAUUACACCUGUCUUUAUGAGGAGUUAGUCAAGGAAAUGCUUAUUAGAAACAUAAGCCACUUUUUAGAGCAUCAGAAGACCUGCAGUAGGCGUUAAGAGUACAUAAUGGUUUCCAUCAGAAAACCCUCUGACCUGCACUAUCCGUCAUGUAACCAGUAGUCUGCAUGAAACUGAGUGCUCGAAAUGUGGUUAAUCCAAAUUAGGUUAUUCUCUAAGUAUAAAGUAUUCACCAGGUUUCAACAACUUGGAGACUUAGUACAACAAAGAAUGUAAAAUGUCUCAUUAGUUAUUUAAUUUUAUCAUAAUUAAUUUAUUUUUCUAUAUGGCCAUUUGAACAUAUAUAUUCGGCUCACCUGGUGACUUGUGUUAUAUUUCUGAUAGGCAGCACUGCUCUCCAUCAUUAAAAUGCACUGUAAGGUUGCUUGGAAAAUCAGUUAAAGGGGUGUGAAUCUCGACAUAUUAGUAUACCCUUUCAGGGCAAGGGGGGAUUAAUUUGAGAAACCUGAUUCCCAUGCCGCCGUAGGCUGUAGAGGACCAUCCCAGUGGCUAGACACCUAAGUAGGAUGCCACGUUCCCCAUGUAGUAUGUUCUGAAAGUCACUGAGUGCUUGGUUAGAACACAGGCUGAAAUGGUUUUUAACCAUUAGCAAGACGUGAAGUAAGAAUAGUCUCCACUGGCUUUUAGCUCUCUUAGUUACCCUCUACCUUUAACUUUUAAAUCUUCCUAAUUGAAAGAGCAUAUAAGAUUUUCUAUUUCUACCACUUUUUUCGACAGUUAACAUGCAGACCUCUUACUAAUUCUGUUAAUUUGUGCAACAGGAUAGAAAAAUUCUCUUAAGUAUGUUACCAUGAAGUAAUAACACCAUUAAUUAAAGAUCAAAUGAAUUGUAUUCUUCCAAUGCUGUCCCUAACCUCAUUCUCUAUAUUUUCUUAACUGUGCUAUCUAACAGGAGGCGACAGCAAAUUUUUAGAAGCUUUGCAUGCAGUCUUCUAACAGAAAUUAGAACAAUAAUUUUUAAAAACCUAUUUAGUGCUUUAAAAUGUAAAAAAAAUGCUUCAGUGUGUGUUAUCUCUGUUGAUCAUUAAAACAAUCCUGUGAUUUAAGUAGGAUAAAAUGUAUGUUUUUAGGGAGUAAAUUCAUCAAAGUUUAAAUGACUGACCUAAGAUCAGACAUUUAGUUAAUGAUACUCUCCAGAACCUUUCACUAUGUUGAAAAAUUACAACAGCUCUCAAAAGUGUGUCAUAAAUAAGACAUAAAUUUUAAAUAAAUGCAAAGCACCAAAGACCAAUAGUAGGCAUCUUUAACAGAAUUCAGAUUUAGAGUAGAUGUGCAUAAUGCAUCCGUACUUUUUUACUUAUCAAAUAUCAGGUCAAGUAUGAAAUAAAUACCUUACAUUUUUUAAAAAAUAACUAGUUUUAUGAGGAAAACCAGUAAAUUUUCUACAAUCCUUUAAACAAGGUUUUCUAAGGUUUUUUAAAAGAGAAUGGACAUGAUAUCCUAACAAGUUCUUAACCAUGUCAUCACACUAAUGAAUCUUAGCUUUAAAAAGGUUUCCCUGUGGGAAUUCUUAGACAGCACGCCUUACAAAGCAGAAGGGCUUGGUGAUAGGAGCAGUUUAUCCAUUUGUCUUGGGAAUAGUAUUUUUAUAUAGCAUAUUUUACUUUCCCUAUUGUACUCAUCUCAGAACACAGUGGUGAAGACUUGAGGGGAGGAUCUCAGAAUUGUUUUAAGAUACAGUUGGAAGACCUUGAAUUUGCUAUGGAAAAGCCACCGUCCCUCUCCUUCCUGGUGAUAGUAGUUUAGUGAAGGAUGAAUAUAACCAGUUAAGGGCUAAGAAGCAGCCAUUAUGAAGGAUGAAGAAUUGGUACCCAAGCCCAAAGGCCACUAUCCUCACAGUAGCUAACUGAACAUGUUAAACAGUCCCAAGGGUUGUAGAAGUCUUGAGAUAAAAAGGUUAAAAAAUUUAAAAGACUAUCACAAAUAUCAAGACUCCAUUAGGAUUAUGGCUACUCCAGCCACACACUCCUGGGCUUAGAGUUACUGUGAAGAUUGCAGAGCUGCUUUCUUUGGGCUUUCGCAACAUCCAUUCCAAUAAGCACUUUUGGAAAAGCUCUCUGUUAAUCAAAAUACUUAUUUAUGUAAGAAUUUCUCAUCCCAUCUUUGAACUGUGAAAAGGAAUCAAAUGUGAAAUGACUAACUUAACAUGUCAGGGUUCUUUUUUCCAAGCCAACCUUACAUUAAGAGCAGGAAUCCCUGUGCCAAAGAAACGGUUCCCAAUUAUCCCGUCCUGGGUUUUGUUACACGUUGUACAAAAGUCAACAAAACAAGUAUGUAACAGAGCCUGUCUAAAUAGCAGCCAACCUCAUUAAAAACAGAGAAUUAAUCAAGGGUGAUUAAAGGAAGCAGUGCUUCAUAGGUUCCCCCUUUUUCUUCUUUUCUAAUCAUAGAACAAAAUAUGUGACAUAAAAGGAUCAGAACUAUUAUGCAGUACUCAAUUAGAGGGAGGUGAAUAGGUCUCUAACAUGCUGUUUUAUCAAAAGAGCAGACUGGUGUUUGCAUUACUGUUGUUUCA